UGCACCGCUUCUCCGGCCAUGCUGAGGCCGCAUCCCACAUACAGCAACUAGAAGGAUGUGCAACUAUGACAUACAACUAUCUACUGGGGCUUUGGGGAAAAAACAGGAGGAGGAUUGGCAAUGGAUGUUAGCUCAGAGCCGGUCUUCCUCGGCAAAGAGGAGGAUUAGCACAGAUGUUAGCUCAGGGCUGAUCUUCCUCACAAAAAAAAAAAAAGAGAGAGAGAGAAGACUCAGGGGCUGGGCCAAUGAUGCAGUGGUUAAGUUCGCGUGCUCCGCUUUGGUGGCCCGGGGUUCACAGGUUCGGAUCCUGGGUGUGGACCUAUGCACUGCUCGUCAAGCCAUGCUCUGGCAGGCGUCCCACGUAAAGUAGAGGAAGAUGGGCAUGGAUGUUAGCUCAGGGCCAGUCUUCCUCAGCAAAAAGAGGAGGAUUGGCAACAGAUGUUAGCUCAGGGCUAAUCUUCCUCACAAAAAAAAAGAGAGAGAGAGAGAAGACUCAAUACCAUGCAUGGUUGUGCCCACGAGCAUUAGCUAAAACUGCCACCAAGGGACAUUCUUUGUAAAGGAUGCACAGUACCAAAGGCAAAUAAUAAAUUUUUGAAUGUGGAAAAUAGUUGCUAAUUUCUCAAUUACCAAAGAUAUAGUAUUUAUUUAUUUCAUCAUGUAAAUCAUGUAUUUGAUCAUGUGAAAAAGGAGAAGAUCAGACCACAUGAUGCCUUGGUCCUCUCCAGCUGUCACUAGACCCCUGGCCCCAAGUGGUCUCCAUGGAGGUGCCCCUGGAGGUCCGGGAUCCCAGACACCCACAGAACAGCCGCCAGCAACAGCGGAGCGUACUGUUCCGCCCGGCCUCUCACUGAAACCCACUUCAGUGGUCCGACUCACCUUGGGUUUUCUUCCUUCCACCUAUUGCCACACACACAACAGAUGCUUACAGAACUCUUUCUCCACAAAGGGCCAAUAUGUGUGCCAAGCACCACAGCAGGGGAUCACCGUCCCUGCUCUUAAGAUGCAAAUCGAUGCAAGAGCGGCAGUGGUUCUCACACAGGCAUCGGAGUCACCUGGGGAACACACUAAAACCCAGAUACCUGGGCCCCAGCCCCAGAAAUGCUGAAUCAGGGGUUGGGCCCCAGCAUCUGCCUUUUCCACAAGUCUCCAGCGAUUCCCAGGAACAGCCAGGGUUGAGGAUCACACGAAGAAUCUGGCUGUAGGGGCCAGUGCACAAAAGGGGGAAGGGAGUCCAGAGGAGGGACUCGUGCCCAGGAGACCAGUUGGGGCCUGGGAUGUCGUGACCCCCAAGAUGUUUGAGGAGCUCAAGAGCCAGCUGGACACCCUGGCCCAGGAGGUGGCCCUGCUGAAGGAGCAGCAGGCCCUGCAGACGGUCUGCCUGAAGGGCACCAAGGUGCACAUGAAGUGCUUUCUGGCCUUCACCCAGACGAAGACCUUCCACGAGGCGAGCGAGGACUGCAUCUCGCGCGGGGGCACGCUGGGCACCCCGCAGACGGGCGCGGAGAACGACGCCCUGUACGAGUACCUGCGGCAGGCCGUGGGCGCCGAGGCCGAGAUCUGGCUGGGCCUCAACGACAUGGCGGCCGAGGGCGCCUGGGUGGACAUGACCGGCGGCCACAUCGCCUACAAGAACUGGGAGACCGAGAUCACCGCGCAGCCCGACGGCGGCAAGGCCGAGAACUGCGCCGCCCUGUCCGGCGCGGCCAACGGCAAGUGGUUCGACAAGCGCUGCCGCGACCAGCUGCCCUACAUCUGCCAGUUCGCCAUCGUGUAGCCGGCGGCGGG